AUGAAUCAGAGUGCUGUGAUUGGUGGAUUAAAGGCUUAUCAUGCUCACAAGAUCUCGGUUUUGUCGGUCACCGCUCAGGGUGUGGAGAGCUCUGACAGCACAGCUCUGACUGUUGUCACAGAACCCCAUAGAGUCCAGAUAGCCGUCCCUUAUGCAGUUGGCACACACUCUGUGGAGCUUUUUGUGCAGAUGCCAGCAGACAGCUUUUAUGAUGGCAUCACAAUUACCUACCAAAAUAAUCAAUCCUGGUCACGAGCAUGCAAAGACGGCACCAAACUGACAGUGGAAAAGCUGAGUCCAGGGACGCAGUAUGACUUUGAUGUGUUUGUGACCAGCAGAGAUGCCAGAAGUGAAGGUUUGGCUCCUCCCACUCAUGUGCAUGCUGGUGUUGUGACUGACAGCUCCAUUGAGCUCCUGUGGGACAGACCUGAAGGAGAAGGCCACUAUUAUGAGGCACUGUGUAUGAACUGCGCUGAUACUGUCAUGGUGCAGAAGGUUGUGGAUACGAGGGCAGUUUUUAAAGAUGUUAUCGCAGGAAAGCUGUGCAACAUUUCAGUCAGAACCGAGAAGGAGUUUUUCAGGGAUAGUCCAGCAGUGUACCUCACCAUUAGAGCUGUUCCCGAAGCUCCCGAUGACCUCAUAUUCAUUGAACAGGAAGUGAACAGCAUGUUUGUGAUGUGGACACGCCCACCGGGCAGAGUGGAUGGGUAUAGGUUUCGAUAUGGACUCACAGAUCACCAUCCUCUUCAGCACCAGCUUGAUCUUCACGAAAGCAGUGUCAGCAUUCAUGAUUUGACCCCAGGAAGUGAUUACAGCUUUGAUAUCCAGUCCUUCCUAGGGUCCGAUUUCAGCCAGACCACAUCCAAAAACAUCUCUACAAGACCAGCCGGUGUCUGUUCGCUCUUUGUGUCUGAUGUAAAUGUCACGUCCGCCACAGUGUCCUGGGCUGCAGCCGCUGGAGGGUUUGAUUUUUAUAGAGUGAUUGUUAGAAACAGCUCUCAUAAGUGGACGAUAGACGCGAGUCCACACUUGCAGGAGGUCACAGUCAGCGGCCUGUGGAGCGGCUGCUCAUACAACACCACUGUACAGAGAUUCAGAAACACCAUCAGUGGAGCCGCUGCCACCAUCAACAUACACUCAGUGCCUGCCAGUCCUGAGGGCCUGCGUGUGAUAAGUGUGUCACCUCGCUCUUUCUCACUCCACUGGUUGGCAUCACCUGGAUGUGAGAAGACGUACCAGGUCCAACUUUAUCCUGACCACGGCAAUAUCAACAUUACCACCGACACAGCGGACAACAACGUCCAGGCUCAAGUGUCCAGCGUCACCCCAGGAACGUCUUACACCGUGACGGUCAAUGCAGUGGCUUCAUCAGGCUUCAGUUCUCCUGUCAGCCGAAUACUGGUCACCACUAUUGAGUCCUUACCAGCGGCCCCCUCUAAACCUGAAGGUGAACGGGUCGGUUCCACCGGCAUCCUGCUGUCCUGGCGGAUGCCGAUGCCUCUCGACCCCUCCAUUCACUCAUUCGUCAUCAGAUAUAAGGAGAUGUGUCCAUAUCCAGACCCCAGCUUCACGGAGAUCACCAAGAGCCUGGACAUCCCAGAAACCCUGCUGAACACACUCACCCCUGGAGCCACAUACAACAUCAAGGUUGCGGCAGUGAAUAAAGCAGGAGUUGGACCAUUUAGCCAGUCUCUGUACUACAAAACAGCAGAGGCCCCUCCUGGUCUGGUGUCGAAUCUCACAGCGUUUGCUGAGGAUCACACAUCAGUCAUUGUGACCUGGUUUCUCCCUGUACGUAUUAAUGGCCUCAUCACUAAGUUUGCAGUGAAAGUCAAGCAUGCUCGAACAGGCCAGAUCGUCCGCACGAAGGAACUGAACGCUGAGGAUAUCAUGAACGGAGCCUUGCCUCACUGCAACGAUGCUGCAGAUAUUUUAUCCCGUGGGACUCCGAGCCCAUCCCAGACUUCCCAGUUGACAUCUGCUGUGUUGCCCCCGAUUACACUGUCAGCAGUUCCACCCGCCUCCAUCUGGAGUGUACCAAUCAGUGUGAAGAUUGAUGAGCUCCGCCCCUACACUCCUUAUGUGUUUGAGGUCUCCGCCUUCACCAGUGACGGGGAGGGCCAGAUCGCCAGCACUAUGGUCCGCAUGCCAGAGGCUGCCCCUGAAGACCCACCGCAAAAUGUAGUUUUAAGAAACAUUACUUCUAAAUCCGUGUCUCUAACUUGGGAGCCUCCAAAGAUCAUCACAGGACGCUUCAGUUAUGUUAUCCAGCUUCACAGCUCUGAAGGGUUGAUUAGUGAGAACAGCACAAUCGAUCAGAUGUUUAUUUACACUGGACUGACUCCAUACACAACAUACUACAUCCAUGUGAUGGCCAAAUCAGCAGGUGCCGCAGGACCAGCAGCAGUGAUCAACAUUACAACACUAGCAGAAGUACACUGCAAGGUGUGUUCAUACUUGUGUGUUUUUAUUUCCAUGUCAGCCCCGAGCGCAGUGUCUCUUCUGAAAGCAGAGGCUGUGGACUCCACAUCAGUCCGUCUGUCCUGGCGAUCCCCAAUCCAACCCAAUGGUCUGAUCACUCACUACCGCAUUCUGGUGCUGUACCAUGAUACACUUGUACAGGACAUCACCCUGAGAGGACAGAAUCUCAUUUCUCCACUUCGUCGCAAUGCAAGGUCACUUGACUUCACCACAGAAUCUGUGUUUACUCUUACCUCACAUGAAACAUUUUCCACUCUGGGUCGUGAUUUUACCAACACUGAUACAGAAGCACCAUCAGCCCUUCCUCUGACCCCGAGUACCCCCCACACUCCUCCACCAUGGCUCACGGUGACCCACGACAGAACCGACGCAUCCGUUCAGACUCAGACUGAUGCUGUAACUGAAGACCUGACGACUGAACACCCACCUGUCACUCCAGGCACUGACCAAUCAUCUGUGAACAUAAGCCCCUCCCACCCACAUCGAGUCACCAGGUCGACUGGCUCAGACUCCACCCAGCAGGAGACCAACCCUCCAAUCAGUGCAGCCACCACUGUCGGCAUAGAGAUCCUACCAGCCACUGAGGUGUCAGCAGACCUGUCAUCUGAUCAAAUCACGCAUGUGGUUCGAAGACUGAGUCCGUUCACCGAAUACAAAUUUAGCGUGUCAGCCAAAAACAUCAUUGGGGAAGGACCUUCCACCGAAGUUACAGUGAAAACAAAUGAACAGGUGCCCAGCUCUGUUCAGAAUGUGUCCUAUCAGAACCUGUCGUCUACAUCCAUCCGUGUUUCAUGGGAGCCGCCGCUAAACCCUAACGGCAAGAUAACACACUAUGCUGUGUAUGCGCAAAAUCUGCUUACUAACCAAGAGUUACGACAGAUGACGGACACCACCACUGCUGUCCUCACAGGUCUGGACAAGUACAGCAGCUAUAAGGUGCGAGUGGCGGCGUCCACUGCUGUGGGAGAAAGUCCUCUAACCAAUGAAGACUACAUCUACGUUGUGACACUAGAGGAUGUGCCGGAUUCGCCCCCACGGGGUCUGACCAUAGUGAAAACCACCUCCUCCACCGCUACACUCUCCUGGUCUCCACCCGAGAAGCCCAACGGCAUCAUCCGCAUGUAUGAGAUCUCCUACACCAACGGCACAUACAGUAACACAGUCAACAGCACAUCGGCCAGUGCAACGCUCCGAUACCUGAAGCCACACACACACUACAAUGUGACUGUCCGUGCAUUUACACUACUCGGACAUGGAGAGCAGAUUUCUGAAACACUACAGAUGCUGUCAGGAGAGGAUGUGCCUGGCAGUCCCCCUUAUGAUCUGUCCUAUGAGAGCAUCGGCUCCAGCUCAGUGAACGUAUCCUGGUCUCCUCCACUCCUCGCAAACGGUGUCAUCCUCUUCUAUAAUGUGGAAUACUGGAACGCCACACAAAGCCUGAACCAAACCACACACAUGCCAUACAUCGUCCUGUCUAACCUGCGAAAAUAUGCACACUACCGCAUCAGCGUCCAGGCAGCCACACAGGUGGGCAUGGGCAACCACACCAGCGAGAUCCUCAACAUCACCACACUGGAGGACGGUGAGUGUCUGCUUUGUUUUUCCCAAACAGUACCCAGUUCUCCUCCAAAAUUCCUAAUUGCCAGGAAAUUGUCAGAUACUGAGGUAGAGUUGUCCUGGGAGGCCCCGGAGGAGGCCAACUCUGAGAUUUUAUACUACAUAGUAAGAGUGUGGAAUCUGAGCACUGAGUUUGUGGCCAAUGUGACGGAAACAUCAGUAGUUGUGAGUGUGGAUGGACCGGGUCAGUAUAACGCCUCUGUGAGCAGCUGGACUCGACUCGGGGAUGGAGGAUUGCUGAUUUACAUCACAUUCAGUACUAUAGAAUCAGCCCCCUCUGACCCUCCACAGGAUGUAGUAUACACACUCCUUACCAUCAGUACAGUGCGUCUCAGCUGGAGACCCCCAAAUGAACCCAACGGCAUCAUUCAGUACUACACCAUCUACUACACAGACAAUAAUACAGAGUACACAGAGAGGGUUCCUGGUUCAGAGCACCAGCUGCUGUUGUCUGAUCUGCAGGCGGGACAGGACUACAGUGUAUGGAUGAGUUCCAGCACCUCUGUUGGUGAUGGGGGAUUGUUCAGUCCCUCUCUAAACUUCACCACCUUAGAGGACGGUCAGUCUCCUCACUCACUCAGGGGAGAAGCGCAGCUCUGCACCACUUUUCCAACUGAUUAUACCUCCAAAAAAAUCGCACUGAAACUGCCGAGUGGUCCCGUCCACAACCUCAGCGCCACCAUCUACAGCUCCACAGCGGUGGUGAUCAGCUGGGAUCCUCCUCUGGAGCCCAAUGGUAGAGUUUACUACCAGCUGAGCCUGCAGGAGGCGGGCAUCACCCACCCGUCCAUCAACCGCACAGUCAACAUGACCAUCACCAAAACCACCACCGACACCAUCUACCUCUUCACCAAGCUCAGGAAGUAUUUCCCCUACAUCAUAAACGUCACACCAGCCACGAGUGCAGGAUCCGCUGUAAACCACACUACAAUGCUACACCUGCGGACAGAUGAAGAUGUUCCGAGUUCUCCUCCAUUGUCUGGAUCAAACAAGAAUCUCUCCAGCACCUCCAUCCAGGUGUCGUGGUUUCCCCCAGUGGAGGCUAAUGGCGAGAUUAUAGAGUAUGCUGUGAAUUUACAGGGUCCUUCCACCUCCAACAAAAACUACACCUCUGAGACACAUCUGGUGCUGUCAGAACUCACUCCGUUUACACCAUACAAUCUCUCCAUCGCUGCGGUCACUCGUGUCGGUACCGGCCCCCCGGUGGUUCUUUCACUACAUACUGAUGAAGCAGGCCCGAUGUCUCCGCCACGCAAUCUGACUAUAUUUAACCACACUGCAAAUUCAGUGUGGCUUCAGUGGGAACCAAGUCCAGAGCCGAAUGGAGUUGUACAGCUUUACGGAUUCAGAAUACUGGAAUUGAAUACAGACUCUUUCAGAUACCAGAACUCAUCUGAUGCGUCCACACAAGCAGAACUGGGUGGCUUCAAACCUCAUAAUUCAUAUGAAAUCAGUGUGUGCACAUUCACUAGAGCAGGAAAUGGAGAUCAGUACAGCCUGCCUGUCUUAUUCACCACCAAUGAAUCAGUGUCAGAUGCUGUUGGGAAUCUGAGCUGCUCUGGAUUGGAUUGGGAUUCAGUCUACAUGGAAUGGGAGCUUCCGGAUCACCCUAAUGGAGAGAUCCUGUAUUACCUCAUUCGCUCUGGAGAUCUGGAGGAUGAGGCUCACCCUGUGGUCCUCACACACACUGUGGCUCACACGCUCACUGGCCUUUCACCUCACGCUUUCUACCUCAUCACUGUGGCUGCAGUAAAUUCAGCCGGUGUGGGAGAAGAAGCAAACUGCAGCGCACACACUCCACCAGAGUCAGUCGUACAUAAAAAAGGGGUAAACUAUGUGCCCUUUAAUGUUGAAUCGUUUCAGGCAGUACAGAAUUGCUUCUUUUUUUGCGAUGUAUUGGCAUCUCAAUCUUUUCUAUCUUUACAUUCCUCUUUACAUUCACAAACACAAAAAAUUCAACACUGUUUUCUUUCUCCUUCGGCAGUUCCCGGUCCCUCCCAUUCGCUGACCGUUACGGACGUCACCUCUGACAGUGUGUCUGUAAGCUGGCAGCGUCCCGUUCAUGUGCCAGGUCUUUUGCAGGGUUACAAUGUAGAGAUCGAGCAAUUAUCCAGAAACUGUGAGCGGCAGCAGCAGCAAGUGGAGUCUUGUAUGGAGGCUCAGAUCUUGGAAUGGGUUGAAGGAGAAACCACCAGAGCCACACUGACCUCUCUGCUCAAAUACAGACAGUAUCGUAUCAGGGUCGUGGCCUUCACCAGAGCUGGAGCCGGAGAGCCUUCAGAGUGGAUCUACACACAGACGCUCGCAGGAAACCCUGACGCUCCUCCUGGCGCUAUCUCUGUGGUUCCUUCUGCCAAUGGGUUGAAGAUUGAGUGGGACAAACCAUCAGUCAUCUCGGGGCCCACAUCAUACAUCAUCGACAUCACUGCUCUGGACGGUUCGGGAUAUAACAUAACUUUAGUGCGGCAUUCAGAAGAGAUCAGGACAGUGAUUGUCGGGAACCUGAGUGCAUUUACUCUGCACUCUGUUACCAUCACCGCCUUCACCGGGCCACUCUCCAACGCUCGCAGAGACGGCAAAGCAUCUGAACCUGUCCUCAUCAGAACCUUGGAGGAUGAGCCCAAAGAUCCUCCAAAAAACGUGACAUUGACAGUGAUUCCGGAGGAAGUGACGCGUGUUUAUGUAACAUUCUCCCCACCGGAUGAGCCAAAUGGAAACAUCAGCGCAUAUCGUGUCGACAUCUACCGCAACGGGCAGCUGGACUUCUUCAUCAACAGCCUGUCUGUGAUCAGCAACCCAAAUAAUACCAUGACAGCCAUAAUUGAUGGAUUAAAAGGUGGAUUUAAUUACAGCAUAAGGAUAGCAGCUGUGAAUGGAGCAGGUUUUGGACCAAGUUCGGAGGUUCAUGUCACCACAGGUGUGAAAGCUCCUCCCAAACCGAAGAAGACGCCGCGGGCAGCUCUGAACAGUGCUGGUGUCAUCAUCUCAACCUCCAAGACCAUCACCAUCGAAAUGCCUGAAUGUUUCUUCACUGAUGACCAUGGACCAAUUCAGAAAGUCCAGGUCAUAGUUUCUGAACCCGCAGUGAUGGACUACGGUAAUCUAUCCAACUGGAAGAGUGUUUUCCUCCACCCCACUGCUCCAUACCUGACAGACGAUGGCUUCCUGAACCCAGAGUGCCCUAAAAAUUCUGAGCGCAUGAGCUCAAGCACUAAGACGUAUGUUAUAGGAGAAGACGAGGGCUGCCUGUCUGAAGAUGCAGAGACGCUUUGUAACGGACCUCUGAAACCCAAAACACAUUAUGUGUUCAAAUUUCGAGCGACAAACAUACGUGGCCAGUUCACAGACUCUGAGUACUCAGACAAAGUCAGAACUGCAGAUGACCGCUUGCUGACCAGAGAUGAGCAGAUCAUCCUUGGAGUCUUGCUGUCAUUUUUUCUGGCGUUGUUUUUAAUUCUGAUUAUAUAUGGAUCUGUGAAGAUCCACCGGAGGAAGAAGGAAGGAGGGACGUAUUCGCCACGCCAAGCCGAGAUUAUUGAGACCAAAUUCAAGCUGGAUCAGCUCAUCGCUGUGGCCGAUCUGGAGCUCAAAGAGGAGAAGAUUAAUCGGCUGCUAAGUUACAGGAAAUCCCUCAAGCCAAUCAGUAAGAAAUCGUUUCUUCAGCAUGUGGAAGAUCUUUGUGCCAACGACAACGCCAAGUUUCAGGAGGAGUUUGCUGAGUUGCCGAAGCUGCUGCAGGAUCUGGCCACAUCAGACGCUGACCUGCCUUGGAAUCGCUCCAAAAAUCGCUUCACAAACAUCAAGCCCUACAACAAUAGCCGAGUGAAGUUGCUGUCUGAGCCAGGAAUGCCGGGUUCUGACUACAUCAAUGCCAGCUUCGUCUCUGGCUAUCUGUGUCCUAAUGAGUUUAUAGCCACUCAGGGCCCUCUGCCGAGCACCGUCGCAGAUUUCUGGAGGAUGAUUUGGGAAACUGGGACUAAAACCAUCGUCAUGCUUACUCAAUGCUUUGAGAAGGGCCGGAUCCGCUGUCAUCAGUACUGGCCGGAGGACAAUAAACCAGUCACUGUUUUUGCUGACAUCAUAAUCACUAAACUCACAGAGGACGUGCGUCCUGAUUGGACGGUGCGGGCACUCAAAGUGGAGCGGCAUGGCAGCUACAUGAUUGUCCAUCACUUUAACUACACCUCAUGGCCAGAACACGGCGUUCCCGAAUCCAGCUCCACACUUGUCCAGUUUGUCAAAGCCGUUCGCUCCAACAGAGGCCAUGAAAACACUACCAUCGUGGUCCACUGCAGUGCUGGUGUGGGCAGGACUGGAGUGUUUAUAGCACUGGAUCAUCUCAUCCAGCAUUUGCGAGAUCAUGAAUUUGUUGACAUAUACGGCCUGGUCGCAGAGCUGCGCAGUGAGAGGAUGUGUAUGGUGCAAAACCUGGCUCAAUACAUGUUUCUCCAUCAGAGCACUCUGGAUCUGCUGUCGGCCAAAGGAAACAGUCAGUCCAUAUGGUUUGUCAAUUACUCCGCUCUGGAGAAGAUGGACUCGCUGGAUGCAAUGGAGGGUGACGUUGAAUUGGAGUGGGAAGAGACGACCAUGUAGCCGGGACUCUUGUUCGCUGUCAGUUUUUGAAUCUGGUGAGGAAAACAUGGGACACACGCUCGUGAAUCCUUACACAGACGCUGGGACUUUGGACCCUGGGGCCAAAACACACCGAGCAGAUAAAAUGAGGAAUAGUUGAUUCAGAAGCAAACCGAUCGUCUCAUUUGUAUGCAGAAGACACUCUCAAAGUUUUUGUUCAACUUCUGUAAUGGCUUUAUCUCUGCCUACAGUAGAAUACGGUACACCGCCAGCUUAAGGAAUCAAACCGGAUUAGACAGAAUUAUGUCUGUUGUUGAAAAAAAGUACACAUAUUCAGCAGUCUGGGGUGAGAGAGAGGGCUUUUAUGUCCUGUAUUAUGCGCUGUAUUAUCAAACACAAUUGCUAGGAAUGGGAGUUGAUCAUGUUUAGGGGAUGAAUUAUGAGAUUAUUUUAAUAGUGUGGCAGUUUUUAUGUAACGUAAGCAUACCCACUCUUCCCCGCAUCAAGAAUGAAAACUAUAAUUUACACAAUAACCUUUGUGUGCUGUUGGGGAUGUUUUCGUCCACUCUAUGGGGAUUUUGAGUCUUAAUUUGGCCAUAACUUUCUCUGUGUUACAGUUAGCAGAAUAAUUGUUGGUGGACAUACAUUUUUGGAAAAUGCUUUGAAAUUUAAAUUAGAAAGCCCAACGAUACAAUCUGGGCAUAUUUACUAGCCUUUUGUUAUGUUCAGGAUGAAAACAUCCACUGAAUUAAACUGCUGUAAAAGUGCAUCAGAUUCAUAUAUAUAUAUUUUUUUUGCAUGAACCUGUUAAUCAAUCUCACUCCUGAUUAAAACUACUAAAUUGUUAAAAGAAAAUUACAGGAUUUUAACUCUUUAAUUGCCAAAUUUAUAAAUUGUGAAACUGAUUUGGUGAAAAAAAAAAAGAUGUAUUUUCAAUAUAAAAGUAAUUGUGGACUGGAUUUUUUAAAACUUUCUUGGACAUGUGAAAGAUUAGUAACAACAUUGCCUUUGAUGCAUUGUUGGUUUUUGUGCAGCAUAAGAUUUUCAUUUUUGUUCAUGUUCACGGCUGUUUUCGCCCAAUUGACUUCCAUUAUUAUGACAUUUUUUUGAUUGCAAAACCAUGACACCAAAUAAUCAUGCAUUCUUGAUUGUUGGUGGUUUCCCCUGUUGGGAAGAGGCAACAUUUGUAUUUUUCACUGUUGAUCAUCUGCUGGCGGCAUUAACUCUUUAGAUAGACCUGUGCAAAAAAAAAAAAAAAAAAAUCUUAGUUUUUGGAUUUUAUAUGAAGUAUUACAGCGAAUCAAAGUGUGUAUGUAUGUGAGUGUGUGAGAGUGACCUUUGCGCACUUAUCUUGAGUCAGAGAAAAUCAAAAUAUGCAUCUUUAAACAGAGAAUCAUCUAAUAUAGUCUAAAUAAAGUAAACAAAGGCAAAGUCUGUGUAUUUACAGCAGUUAAAUUCAGUGGAUGUUUCCAUCCCUAACAUAACAGAAGGUACCAAAUUUAAACAGUGCACAAGAGUUAAACAAUGAUUUCUGUUCAUAUAAAGCUCAAUCUGCGUGUUCUGUGAACAUAAUUACCCACAGUGUGUACUAUAAAAUCACACAGACGUCCAAAAUCUGUAGUUUUUUGCAUUAAUCUUCAUUUCUGUUAUUACCAUUUUCGUUUAUUAUCUCUAAAGCAGACUUUUAUUUAUUAUACGAAUACAUUAUGAUAUAAGAUUUUGAAUCAUUUUUUAAAAUGAACAACUAAAUGAUCAUUCUUUAUAUCAGGAAUGGGAAAAUUCUUAGUUAAAAUGGAUAUUUUUAAUAUCAGAAAUGACAUUUUCAGUAGUUAAAAUGAAUUAUAGUGUAACAAUGACUUCCUUACUCAUAGAAACCGAAUUCCUGAUAUCAAAAAUUCUACUUUGACAUUUAGGAGGAAAAAUAUAUUUUGAUACUUGUUAUUGUACUUUCAAACAUCAGGUACCAAUAAUUAACUUGUAAUUAAAUUUCAGUAGCUGAGAUGCAAAUUCUUGAAAUAUGUACUGUACACGUAUUUCAACAUGUUCAAUGUGAUAAUAGAGUUAUGAAGAAUUUCCACAAGUAUUUACUCAGCUUUUGAUAUUAAGAAUGCAUUUUUAGUAGUGCAAAUUAAAUUACUGAUGUCAAAACUAGCCAAGAUAAUAGUUAUUAGCAGAAAAUGUAAUAUCCUUCAUCAGUGUGAAAACACAGCAACAAAAUAUUAUGUUUUGUCUUGGUUCUAGUUUAAAUAUGUUUAAAAAAUAAAUAAUAAAAAAAGUAAUCAAGAAGUAAAAUUUAUUGUCAUAUUUUCAGGAAUAAAUUGUCAAAGUUAAAGGUUUCCUUAAGACCCCAGUGGCAAUUAUUUUGCUUGUUUUAAGGAAAAACUUUUUAAUUAUUUAUUUGAAAACUAGACAAUUAUUACUGCACUCGUAAAAUGACGUUUGCUCAAACUACUGAUUUAGAAACUGCCGAGUCGAAACAACACGAUUCUUGAGGUUUUUUUUUUUUUUUUGGGUUGGGGGAGUAGGGGGGGU